UCUCAGUUUUCAGGGGAGAAUAGCAAAAUUGGGAAAGUUGGGAGUUUCUUUUUAUGUUAGCUAUUUCAGAACAAAACGUGGUACCUAAUAGACAGUGGACGCAUGUAUUUUGAAAUAUAAUAAAAGUAGUAAGCAUAUGACCGUGAGUCAGCUUAUGUUAUUCUUCACUUCAACGUGGUGAAACGCAAUUGGAUUCACAUUCACAUUACAAGAAAGGCGACUAUUAGCCAGGGAAGAGGGAAGUGAAAGAAUAAAUAGUAAAACACAAUUGUGCAUAUAUAUAUAUAUAUAUAUAUAAAUAUGUGUGUGUGUGUGUGAGAGCAAAUGUGGAUAAAAAGGGAUUGUAAUUUGUAAUUAGUGUUGUUCUUGCUGCUGUGAAAGGUAAUUUUAUUUAUUCAAGACGCUAGACCCCAACCAUGGGAGUACCAGCAUUCUUUCGCUGGCUUAGCCGGAAGUAUCCGUCGGUCAUCAUUGACUGCAUCGAGCAAAAGCCAACAAAUGUUGAUGGAGUUGAGGUACCAGUUGACAUCUUGCAAGCCAAUCCAAAUGGGGUGGAAUUUGACAAUUUGUACCUCGAUAUGAAUGGCAUUAUACAUCCCUGCACACAUCCAGAAGACAAGCCAGCUCCAAAAGAUGAAGAUGAGAUGAUGUUGGCAAUUUUCGAAUGUAUUGACAGAUUAAUGAAAAUCGUUAGACCUAGAAAAUUAUUGUACAUGGCCAUCGAUGGUGUUGCUCCAAGAGCAAAGAUGAAUCAACAAAGAUCUCGACGAUUUAGGGCUUCAAAGGAAAGCGUUGAAAAGCAGGUCGAAGUUGCUCGAAUAAGGUCGGAAUUAGCGACCAAAGGUGUCUUUUUACCUCCUGAAAAACCAAAAGAAUCGCACUUUGACAGUAAUUGCAUCACACCUGGCACGCCUUUUAUGGCCAGAUUAUCGAGUUGCUUACAUUAUUAUGUCCACGAAAGAUUAAAUAGUAAUCCCGGUUGGAAAAAUAUUAAAGUUAUUCUCAGUGACGCCAAUGUUCCUGGAGAAGGAGAACACAAAAUCAUGGACUUCAUCAGACGUCAAAGAGCCCAACCAGAUCACGAUCCCAAUACUCACCACGUUUUGUGUGGAGCUGAUGCGGAUUUGAUUAUGUUAGGACUGGCAACUCAUGAGCCUAACUUUACCAUUAUUCGUGAAGAAUUCAAACCAAACAAACCCAAGCCUUGUGAUAUUUGCGGCCAGUUAGGUCAUGAAAUGCAGGACUGCCUUGGGGCAGAACCAAAUCAACCACAGGAAGAGAAAGUGUUUUCAGCGGAGUGCCAGUUUAUUUUUGUUCGCUUGAACGUUCUUCGCGAAUAUUUAGAAAGAGAACUGCAAAUGCCCAAUUUGCCUUUCAAGUAUGACUUUGAAAGAGCCAUAGACGACUGGGUGUUUAUGUGUUUCUUCGUAGGAAAUGACUUUUUACCUCAUUUACCUUCUCUAGAAAUUAGAGAAAAUGCUAUAGACAGGCUCGUUAAUCUGUACAAAAAAACUGUUUAUAAAACUGGGGGAUUUUUAACAAACAGCGGGGAGGUCAACCUAGACAGAGUGCAAUUAAUUUUAUCUGAUCUUGGUCAAAUGGAAGAUGAAAUAUUUAAAAAUCGUCAGAAGAACGAAUUGGCAUUCAAGGCUCGAGAAAAAAAUAAGAAAAGGCGCAUGGAAGCAAUAAGCAAUUAUAAACCAAACUGGACACCAGUUGGCCAGUUUGCACCUAGUCCUCUGGGUAUGGGAAAGCACGUACAGCCUGUUCAAAAUGCUCGCUACGAAGCAUAUCAAAUGCGAAUGCAGGGUAGAAACUACAACACAAGUGUUGUUGAACGUGCACUCCAAGGCACUAACGCUUCUCUUGCUCUUCAAAAAAUGAUUGUACCAGAGAAUCAAAAUUUCGGUGGUCAACAACGUGGCCAAAAGCGUAAACACGAUGAAAUCGAGGAAGAGGAAGACGAUCAAGCUCACGACGAAGUGAGACUUUGGGAAGAUGGAUUUAAAAAUCGGUAUUACGAAUCCAAGUUUGACGUUAUGCCCGAAAAUAUGGCGUUUAGAAACAACGUUGCUCUUCAGUAUGUACGAGGGCUGUGUUGGGUAUUGCGUUAUUAUUAUCAAGGCUGUGCUUCGUGGAAGUGGUACUUUCCAUACCACUAUGCUCCUUUUGCCAGUGAUUUCAUCAAUAUAGGUGGUCUUUCCACUGAAUUUGAGAAGGGAACUGUUCCAUUCCGACCCUUAGAACAACUGAUGGGCGUGUUUCCAGCUGCCAGUUGCAAUCACGUACCAGAACCUUGGGGAAAAUUAAUGAAAGACCCAAGAUCACCGAUAAUCGAUUUUUAUCCAGAAGACUUUAAAAUCGAUUUAAAUGGAAAAAAAUUUGCUUGGCAAGGUGUUGCCCUGUUGCCAUUUGUCGAGGAGGAAAGACUUUUUAAAGCGCUAGAACCAUUUUACCUUCUUCUAACUGAAGCAGAAAAGAAGCGUAACGUGCGAGGGGAUGAUAGAUUGUAUAUUGGACCCGAUCACAAAGAUUACAAGUUUUUGAAGGGUCUUUACGCAAACAAAGUUUAUUUCAAUACUGAAGUAGAUGUAUGCCUGGACGGUGUGAGAGGAACUGUUUUAUUAGCAGAGGAUUGCGUCGGCGAAGGUGCCACUCUCCCUUCACCUAUAAAUACACUGCCUGUCAGAAAUAACCAAGUUAUUUGCGUGAGGUUCCGGGAUCCAAAAUAUCCAGAGGACUUCCUUUUCCCUGCAAAGAGGCUGAAAGGAGCCGAAGAGCCACCUCGAGUUUUGAAGCCGCAAGAUCACGUCCAAAAUUCCCAUCAAGGUAAUCACGGUAAUCAAAGAGGCAACAAUUGGAAGCCACAAAUAGGCUUUGUUCCUUCCAACAAAGUUGGCUCUUUGGGUGAUGCAGGCCACCGAAUGCUGAACCAUCACAUGAACAACCGUCAACCUGGUAUAUACGGUCAUGUACCACCACCCUCUCUAUUACAGCAGUCAUCCCGAGGUGGUGGCUAUCAGAGUGGCUACUCUUCAUCGGGUAACCAAUCGAGGAAUCAGUCCAGUAGCAGUGGCUAUCAGUCGAACCAGCCUCGACUAGGAUCAAUACAGUCCGGACCCUGGCUUGGUGGCUAUUCUUCACAUAAUUUUCAGAUGCAACAACAGUCACUCCAGCAGCGUGGCUUUUCGCAGCAACAGCAACAACAACAACGUGGUAAUCGGCCGUACCAAAAUGCGAAUCAGCAAAACAGAAACUUCAACCCAGGUCAGCAGAACAGAAACAAUCGAUACAACAAACACUAAACCACUCAGGACAAUGGUGUAUCAAAUCAAAGUGUUGCAAAUUUUGUUCAUACUUCAUGCACUCUGUCAUCGUAAUAAUCAUUGCAAAGAUGUUUGCACCAAUGGUGAGAGAAAGAUCUACUCUUUUGCUGAUGUUGUACUGUACAUACAUCGAUCAUUGUAAUUAUAAUUUUUAUACAUGGUUGACAGGGAAAAAUUUGAUAUUCCUUAGCAUUAAUCAUACAAAAUAGUACGUGCAUUUUACAAUCAGUGCAUUUACUAUGAGACAUGUUUUUCUAAGGUAUUGUAAGCUGCAUAUGUUUUUUCAGUUAAACUAUGAUACCACUUGUAAUGGUAUGAAGAAUGCUGUAAAAAAUUGUUACGUGUCACCUCAUUGUUUGAGUAAAACUUCGUAGGAAAACAAAUAUCGUUGUAUACCUUAGAAAGAUUAACAGUAGAUGUGAUACAUUAUUCACAUGGCUAAAGUUUGUUGCAUAGCAAAAAAUAUUUCAUCUUUGUAAUUCUUGUGUUUAUUUAUUUUUUUUUUUUUUAACCUUUCAAUAAAAUUUUAAUUUUAUUUUGGUAAUCAAUUGCUAUUAUGUGUAUAUAUAGUUUUAUGCACACAAUUACAUCUGUAUUUAAUAGCGUACACAUAUGUACAAAAAUUCACGAGUAAAUUGUAUAAACCAUUACGGAAUUUUUAAUCAAUUUAACCAUUGUAAGUAUGUAAUGAAAACUGCAGAGAUGAAACAUAAGAUGUUAUAUGAAAUGUACAGGAGAAUAUUUGUAUGUAAUAUUAUUUGUAGUAACAUAGUGCUGUAAGUAAAAGUAUUUAGUAAACUCGUAAAAAGUGUAAUAUCAUUAUUGCAUAAUUUGGGAAAUACUAUUUCUACUGCUGUCAGUAUAAUGUUUUUGUCAAAAAUAUUGUACACGAUGAUUUUUUAACUAAGAAAAAGUUUAUAAGUCUGUAUAAAAUAUUUGGAACGAUUAAUUGGAAAUGACAUGUUGAUAAAAAAAUGUAAUAAAAAGUUCUAUAUAAGAUGAA